UAUACAACUACUAUUUUCAUUUUCACCACAUGCAAACGAUGACAUCUCAAGUUGUGUUUACGUGUGCUUUUGUCCCGUUCUUGUUUCUUUCCGUUGUAGGGAAUGAGUUAGCAAGAGGUUGGGGUGACAAUAUCGAUUGGAUGACCUUUGAAGAUGGAUUAAAAGCAGCUAAAGAACAGAACAAGCCCCUGAUGCUGGUUAUCCACAAGUCCUGGUGUGGAGCAUGUAAAGCCCUGAUGCCCCAGUUUGCUGAAUCUAAAGAAAUAGAAGAACUGAGUAAAAACUUCAUCAUGGUACACACAGAGGAUGAUGAGGAACCUAAAGGGGAGCAGUAUUUACCGGACGGCGGAUAUAUACCUCGGAUAUUGUUCUUAGAUCCAGAGGGAAAUGUAAGAAAGGACUUUUACAAUGUAGGGGGCCAUGAUGAAUAUAAAUAUUACUACUAUUCCCCAGAACUCAUUGUACCCACAAUGAAGCGAGUUAUGGAGAAAAUCCACAGUCCCCCAGAGGAGGAGAAGACAACCUCCAUGUCUGACGAAUUGUGAUAGAUUGCCCUCACACUUAGCUCUCGGGAAAUUUUUUAAAAUACUUUUUCAUUCACACUACACAAAGAAAUAUGCAAUUAGUGUAACUUCUUACACACCGUGAUCUCAGUUUACUCAUCAGGAUGUGAGUAUGAGGGGUGGAUCUUAGGAUUUUUAAUGAUUUCUGCGUGUGUGUACAUGUGCUUGGUUAUUUUUAUUCAUUGCAGUAACAGGAUUGAUUAUUUUGCAUUUAUUAUUUGGUCACUUAGUAUUUACUCACUUGAAUUGUAUAGUUCAUGAUUAACAAGGGUUUAACUCUUCCAGUACAUACCUUAAAUAUUUAUAGUGAUGUUCGUGUUACAUGUACAUGUAUCUAUUUGUAGAAAUAUUUUUCUCUAUACAUGUACCUUCCAUGUGUGUGUGUGUUUUACACCAUUAGAUUAUGAGUGGUAUGUCUGGGUAUGUUGUAUUUUAAAAUAUUUAUUCUAGUUUUUGGAAUUUUUUUUUUUGGAAGUUUGAACUAUACCUUUAAUGUAGUGCUAGAAAUGAACAAAGCUAUCAUUAAAUUUUAUGAAAAGUC